ACGCUGGCGACGGCGACCGUGUAUGAUGCGAGUCUACGCCCCAUCUCCAAACAGGCCUGGGGCUACAAUCUGCACGCUCUCAAGGAACAAUUUGACAUCUCGUGAGUUGUGCGCUGACUUUCCCUCCUCUCUGCCCUUUCCUUUGAGACACGGGUGCGAUGGUCUGAACCUUUCUCUCCUCUAGCACCCUCGUCACAUUGCAAGUUGCCUUGACUGACCUGACCGGACGGCCGUCGAUCAACACCAGCGGCAAUUUUAUGACGUUCAACCAGACGCUGGCCAUCGCCCACAUGCUGGGUCUUCACCUCGAUCCUACCAGCUGGCGAGUGUCAAAGGAAGAACGCGAUGUUCGCAUCCGUCUAUGGUGGGCCAUUGUCAUCCACGACAAGUGGUCUGCCCUUUGUUGGGGCCGUCCAUCGGUGAUCCAUUCGUCUCAUCAUUCGGUACCGCUGCCGAAGCGCAACAGCCUAUCGCCCUGCGCAGAUCACCUCGCCGACGCCGGUCUCUCCGCCUUCCAGGACACUCUCGGCUGGGAACGAAACAGCGAUUUGCCGUCUGAUGCGCAUACUCCGGGAGACACGUUCGCAGGUCUUUGUCGCUUGACACUCACCCUCAAUGACGUCCUGACCAAUUUCCACUCUGUCGUGCCGAUCCAGGAACUUAGAAGGGACGGCUUUGUCGUUGCACAGCGCGUCAAGUUCUUCAUGGCCGAGCUCGAGGACUGGAAGGACUCGAUGCCGGCGACGCUGAGGGCGGUGCUGCGAGGGGACGAGGUCGGAGCCAAGUCAACUGAGGCGAUUCCAGGCACGAGGUCGCUGCAGCUGUCCUAUCUCGGUGUCAACCAGCUCGUGUGUCGAACGGCCAUGGAUGCCUUCACCGCCAUGGGCGACGACAAGCGCAUGCUGCCAGCCUUUGAGGCUGGUCUGUCGAGUGCCGUCAUGGUCGUCGACUUCCUCGAAUCGCUCACCGACGAGGAUUACCGUGGCGGCUUCUUUCUUCAUUACGGUGCCCAUCACCUCGCCGGCUCUCUCUCUUUGCUUUGCAGGCUCUGUCUGACCUUUUCCCGUCUGGACAACCGUGAGCUUUUGGCGAGCAGCAUCACCACCCUAUCGCGCCUUCUUGUCGCCCUUUCCGACGCCCAUCGGCUUCAUAAAUGGGACCUGGCUGAGCUGGCCUUGACCCGCAGCCGAGGCAUGCUGCCCACGCUCGAGGCCAUGAUCCCCGCUUUUCCUCGCUUCAUGGCGUCCACUCAGGAGUCGACAUCCAUCCGGCAGCCUUCGCAUCGCCGCAAGGCUUCAUGGGAGGGCCGCACGCAGGAUGGGGUGCAACAGAGCCAGCAACCCAAAGAAGAGGAGAUAAGUGCUUCAGCAGGUGCAGACGCCGUCAUGGCCGAAGCUGGCAGCUCCACGACGUCAGUCUCCACCUCGACGUCGAACUCGACUUCUGCGAGCUGGGAUGUUCAGCAGGGCCAUGCACCCAAUGAUCCCUCUGGCCCGCGACAGUCGUGGCAGGGCGAGCACUCGUCACAGGCUCGUCCACACGACGAUCAGCAGCACCAGCUGUACGAGCAGCAGCACGGCCCUCAGCCUCCGCCUCCGCCUCCUCCUCAGCAGCAAGAGCAGCAGUAUCCUCAACACGGCGCCCCGCCGAGCGAUAUGGCUCAUCUCUUUGAUCCGACUGGAGGUGUUGCCGGGCAUCAUGCACCCACUGCACACGCUCAGGUCGAGCUCGAUCAGACACAGCAGGCUGCACAGCUGCAGCCCAUCCAGCAGCUGUCUCAGCAGCAACAACAGGAGGUCACCAUCGAUGCCAUGGGCCUGCCUUACAACAUGGGCAUGACCGGCGGCCACGGGGGGCAGAGCAGCAGCCACCUUCUGCCGAGCCUGGAAGCCGACUGGCUCAGCGUCAUGCACAUGGGAAACUUCCCAGAAUGGCCAGUCAAUGUGAAUGUCUGAAGGGAGGGAGGAAAUGGAGAGACGCCUCCUUGUACAGUACCUGUCUUUAAUGUAUUUCGCCCCGUCUCUCUUACCCUUCUAUCUCCUCGCCUCUUCUCUUUCCCUCUCUACUUCUCCUUCUCUCUUCC